GCAUGAUAAACGGAAUUAAGUUGAUGGAAGGGGUUCCUAAAUCGUAAAAUGAUCCGGUGAUUCAUAAGUAAAAUUAGUCUUUGUUUCACGAGCCUUGACGGGUAGAUGGGUUUCCACUCCAGUUUUCUCUUAUCCGUCAUAAACAGUCUGGAACAUUUUAGCGAGUGUACGUAUUCCAAUGGGUAUUCACAAUUUACACAAAUGUCAUUUAUUUGACAAGGAAAAUUAUGAGGUCACCUACCUUCAAAAUACUUUCUUGGUCAUUGAUUGGGCCAAUAUAUCUGCUAGGCUUUAUGACGGAGUGGCAAACAGCAGUGCAAAAUUGGGUGGAAAUUACGAUAUAUUUGGAUGGAAUACUAAGCUAUUUUUUUCGACUUUGAAAUCCUGCAAAAUCACUCCAAUUCUCGUGUUGGACGGACUUCAGAGCUAUCUGAACUAUUGGGUAAAUCAUCCCACAAGAAAUAGGAAAAGCUACGGUAAAAAUAGAAACUGCCUGCCACUGCUUACUCCUCACAUAGGGUAUAAUAUUGCGAGGAAACUUGGAAUUCAAGUGAUAAGGCCCCUAGCUCCAGCUGACGAUACUGUUGCAGCUCUCGCUACAGCUUAUGAUUGCCCAGUUUUAAGCGGCGACUAUGAUUUUUAUUUCUAUGGGGUAAAAUUCAUACCCUAUAGCAGUGUACAUAAACAACCUAUCCCAGGUGAUGGUGGCCCAUCAAUAUUAUGUGAGCUGUACAACCCCUGUACGUUGUUUAAUGAGUUGAGUGAGUUCAAACCAUCGUUCCUCCCGUUGGCCCUCGAACUGCUGGACACGAAAAACAUGAAUUCCGCAUUAUGGAAAAAUUUUUAUUACGAAGUUUCGGAGAAUCAGUCAAUUUUAAGUAUUCUCAAUUGGUUAAGUCAAUUUAAAUCAUUGGAGAACGCUGUGGCAGCGAUUGUGAAGCACAUCAGCGUUGAGAAAAGAGAAAAGGUCGCAGACUAUCUCGAGAAGAGAAUAUGGGAAUUUGGGACUAUCUCAAGUGACAUUCUACCAUAUUUACCACUGGAUACCACAAAAGUUGAUUAUCUCAAGAAAAGAAGGCAGGAACAGCGUCUUCAAUUUCGCCGAUAUCUUGACGUGACCAGAAAACGUGACUCACUGAGAGGCGAGGAUGACGCAGAGAUCGAUAAAUCGGAUAAGAGCAAUGAAUGCGAUUUAAUAACCGGAGAGAUGAUCAUCGCCGAAGCUCCUGAUUGGUGGUGCCGAAACUUCAUCACAACAGGGUCGCCGAUCGGUAUUGUUGAUAAAUUAUUAAUGUAUUACAUUAGAAUGAUCAAAUUCGAGAAGAAUGAAUCGUUUCAUCCAGCACACGAAGGAGAACUUCCAAUGCUCAUCCGAAUUUCUGAACUGAUAAUAUCGACUAUGGAAGACAGAGAGUAUGUGCUUAAUGUGCCGAUAACAGAUCGUGAUUGUGAAGUCAGAUCUAUCACACUGAAGAAAUGGCCCGUAAAUUUAGACCAAUUACGGUCAGAUGCAGCAGCUAUGAGAAUACGAUUGAUUAAUGAGACUUUUGGAAUCAGAAAUCAUGAAAAUCUACACAAACUUCCAGAGACGUGGAGACUCUACGUCGUUACCAUAACAUAUUGGAUGAAGCGAAAAUGUGAAAUAGUUCAAACUGAUGCUCAUUUAUGCUCUUUAUUAUUCACAAUGCUGUUGGGACUUAUCGAUGAUAAAAUUGGCUUCUUUCGACGCACAGACGAUUCGAAAGUCUACGAAUGUGAUAAAUAUCAGGUCGAUGAGUCCAAUGAAUACGAUACUCUAAAUGUUUCUGAGGACGACUGUUCUGCUGCGGCUAAUUUCUUCCAGUCACAUUCGAUGAUGGGGGAUGAGGAAUUUGAGCAUGUGAAAUCAAAUAAUGACUCUGAGAAUUUCGAACAAAAUUUUUGGGAGUUUCAAAAGUGCUUCCAAUAUACACACCAAUUCAAUGCAUUACUGGACUAUCCCUACACCCCGUCACCUCUCCACAAAUUCUACAAUGCAACAUUAUUGUACCAUGUCUUCACGAAAUUCUUGAAAGCAGAGGACAUUGAUGAGAGCGUGAUGGAGAUUUUAGAAAAAUCCCCGGGACUGAUUUCUGUUUUUGAGAUGCUCAAAGAUGUCGUUCUACAUGAACUAAAUGAAUCAAUUACGUAAAACAUUGUUCUGUAUUUUUGUUACGUGCUAUUUUUUUUUUUAAUUUUAAUGUUUAUAAUGUUCUUUUGAUAACAAUUUGUGCUUCGCAACUCUGUAAACCCAUAUGCCGAAUAACUGAUUAAAACAUACUUUUUUGAAGAUAUA